CUCACCCAAAAUGGCUCCUCCUAGUUGUGUUUCGGUUGCAAUCACGGCUCUGAUACUACUUGUAACAUGUUGUCAUUGCGCAACCUACCAAGAACAAUUCAUGGCUCCACAAAACGCAGUAAGAGCUCGUUUAAGGCUCAAACCGCUAAAAUGGGACGCCAAAUUGGCCCGUUACGCGCAAUGGUGGGCUAACCAGAGACGCGGUGACUGUGCCUUGAUCCAUUCCAAUGGACCCUAUGGUGAGAAUCUCUUUUGGGGCUCAGGCAAUAGAUGGAGUCCAUCUCAAGCCGCCUAUGGAUGGUUGUCCGAAGCAAGGAGCUAUAACUAUAGAUCUAACUCGUGCAACUCCCAGAUGUGUGGCCAUUACACACAAAUCGUGUGGAAAAAAACACAGAAGAUUGGCUGUGCUCACGUGAUCUGCAAUGGCGGAGGAGGCGUGUUCUUGACUUGUAAUUACGAUCCACCGGGGAAUUUUCUUGGUACUAAGCCGUAUUGAGAAUGAUCCAUUUGUAUAUCUAAAGAAAUACUCAUGCCAAAAGAGGUUGUUCUUGUGUUUUAACUUUCUUUUUGUAUACAAUGUAUUUUUUUAUUGGUUUAAGUUUAACGUGAGAUCGGCAAAACUACACAACGUAUGUUUUUCCAAACAUUUUCUUAUGUGUGUUUGAUGUGAGAGCCUUUUUUGGCUAAUAAGACUAACAAAUCAUAUUAUUCUCA